CCCCGGGGCACGCGGCUGCAGAGCCCGGGGGCGGCGCCUUCGCUCAGGAUGCUCUGGGCGCCUCCCUGCUGGUGAACAUGCCUUGCUUCGCGGCUCUGCCGUCUCCAGCCCGGGUGUCAAGUGGGCACGACUGAGUGGGCUCUGUUUCGGCCCCUCGUGCCGGUGGAUGAAGAGCAUUCGGAGGUCUCGCGUGGGGUCGGCGAUCGAAUCUGAAUUCUAGGAGCCAUGGACGAAGGGACUGCGUUGCAGUCCCCGGCCGGAGAGCAGCUGGAGGCACGGGCCACGUUAGGAGCUGUCCAAGAGACUUGCGAGCCAGAGACCGUCCGGUCCAAGAGUUUACCGGCCUUGCACAGCUCCUCCUGCCGGCCGAACCUCAGUCCUGCGAGUGGAGAUGUCCGGCAGGCCUUGGGCUGUAAGGAUGCUUUGGGCCUCCAGGAGUUGGAGCAGGGCUGGAACCCCAUGGCCCCAAGUCCCUCUGCGCCGUGUACUUCGACCGGGAUGGCAGGGCUGGUGGACUGUCAUCACAGGAUGGAUGUCAGCAAAACCGCCUCCGUGUCCUCCACUCUGGUCACUCUCCAGGAGAGACGGUGUCUCUACGUGGUCCUUACGGACUCGCGUUGCUUCCUGGUUUGCAUGUGCUUUCUGACCUUCAUCCAGGCCCUGAUGGUCUCUGGAUACCUGAGCAGUGUCAUCACCACCAUUGAAAGGCGUUAUAGCCUGAAGAGUUCUGAGUCGGGGCUGCUGGUCAGCUGCUUUGACAUCGGGAACCUGGUGGUGGUCGUGUUCGUCAGCUAUUUUGGUGGCCGGGGUCGGCGGCCCCUGUGGCUGGCGGUGGGGGGACUUCUCAUCGCUGUCGGGGCCGCGCUCUUCGCCUUACCUCACUUCAUCUCGCCCCCCUACCAGAUCCAAGAGCUGAACGCUUCGGCCUCCAACGACGGCCUGUGUCAGAAUGGUAACUCCACGGCCGCCUUGGAGCCUCCACCCUGUCCCAAGGCCUCGGGAGGAAAUAAUCACUGGGUGUAUGUAGCUCUGUUCGUUUGCGCACAGAUCCUCAUUGGAAUGGGCUCCACGCCGAUUUACACGCUGGGACCAACCUAUCUAGAUGACAACGUCAAGAAAGAAAAUGCAUCCUUGUACCUAGCCAUCAUGUACGUCAUGGGAGCACUGGGUCCCGCUGUGGGAUAUUUAUUAGGAGGACUUCUUAUUGGCUUUUAUGUUGAUCCCAGAAACCCCGUCCACCUUGACCAGAGUGACCCUCGUUUCAUUGGAAACUGGUGGAGUGGAUUCCUCCUUUGUGCCAUUGCAAUGUUUCUUGUGAUAUUCCCAAUGUUUACUUUUCCAAAAAAGCUUCCACCCCGACACAAGAAAAAGAAAAAGAAAAAGUUUUCUGUGGAUGUUGCUAGCGAUGAUGAUGUCAUGAAGGAGAAAUCAAAUAUGAGUGAACCAGUGGACAAAAAAGUGUCUUCAAUGGGAUUUGGAAAGAAUGUCAGAGACCUACCAAGAGCAGCUGUCAGGAUCUUAAGCAACAUGACAUUCCUUUUUGUGAGUUUGUCAUACACAGCUGAGAGUGCCAUUGUAACUGCUUUCAUUACCUUCAUUCCCAAGUUCAUCGAGUCACAGUUUGGUAUCCCAGCUUCCAGUGCCAGCAUCUACACUGGUGUUAUUAUUGUCCCCAGUGCUGGGGUUGGUAUUGUCCUGGGAGGCUACAUUAUAAAAAAGUUGAAGCUUGGUGCAAGAGAAUCAGCAAAAUUAGCCAUGAUCUGCAGCGGCGUGUCUUUGCUGUGUUUUUCAACCCUGUUUAUUGUUGGAUGUGAAAGUAUUAAUCUGGGGGGCAUAAACAUCCCCUACACAACAGGCCCUUCUCUGACCAUGCCCCAUAGGAAUCUGACAGGAAGCUGCAAUGUGAAUUGUGGCUGUAAGAUACAUGAGUAUGAGCCUGUCUGUGGAUCAGACGGGAUUACCUACUUCAACCCUUGUCUGGCUGGCUGUGUUAACAGUGGGAAUCUCAGCACUGGGAUUCGGAAUUAUACGGAAUGCACCUGUGUCCAAAGUCGACAAGUGAUCACGCCACCCACCGUGGGACAGCGCAGCCAGCUCCGAGUUGUCAUUGUCAAGACGUAUCUCAACGAGAAUGGGUACGCUGUGUCCGGGAAGUGCAAGCGGACCUGCAAUACCCUCAUCCCGUUCCUGGUUUUCCUUUUCAUAGUCACCUUUAUCACAGCCUGUGCCCAGCCCUCAGCCAUCAUAGUGACUCUCAGGUCUGUGGAAGACGAGGAAAGGCCUUUUGCACUGGGAAUGCAGUUUGUUUUGCUGCGAACACUUGCAUACAUUCCUACUCCGAUUUACUUUGGAGCCGUCAUUGACACCACCUGUAUGCUGUGGCAGCAGCAGUGCGGCGUGCAGGGCUCUUGCUGGGAAUACAACGUGACGUCGUUUCGCUUCGUCUACUUUGGCUUGGCAGCCGGCCUCAAGUUUCUGGGCUUUAUUUUCAUUUUUCUGGCCUGGUACUCUAUCAAAUACAAGGAGGACGAGCAACAGAGGCAGAGGUGCCGAGAAUUCCCUCUGAGCACGGUGAGCGAGCUAGUGGGCCAGCCAGACCGCGCGGAGAAACACGCCCGGACUACAUCAUGCCCAGCCUUCAGCACCCAGGGAGAAUUCCGCGAGGAAACGGCUGCGCAGAAGGGCAUCUCGUCCACGGCCCAGACUUACCCUGGGCCCUUCCCAGAAGCAAUAAGCUCCUCUGCAGACGUGGGGCAGGCAGAGAGCCCCGAGGCCCUGUAGAAGCCUGGGGAAGGCGUGGCAAAGGGACGGACUCGUGUUUUGUUGGUUGAGUUGAUCAUGGCAACUUGAGAAACACCCGUGCCUUUUCACUUUCUUUUGUUCUUUCGUUAACCUCUACAGACACAGUCCUCGCGCCAACAAAGCUCAGCACACACAACCAGUGUUGACUGGGGGCUGGGUCCCUCAACAAGACUGACAGCCUGUCCCCUCUUCUCUCCAAGGAGAAGUUCAGAUAGACCGGUAACCACUUCUGCUAUGUGAAUUUACGCUCCCGUGUGGUAGAAGGCUGACGCCCAUGGUGAGUGAAAUCGUGGGAAUGGCCACACAUGUCAUUAGAGUAUACACUCCAAACCCAGGUGAGCUUGACCAUGACUUUGCAUUUGUAAAUCAAAGUUUCAAGGUUUGAAUACUUACUGUGAGUUCUGCUACAAAGCACAAAUGAAUUUGCCUCAACUAUGCAAUCUGAUUGGAAAAAAAUCUAAGUGCAGUGUGCUACUUUUACUCCCAGAGAACAAGGCAGAAGUGUUUUGGACACGUGGAAGCUGCCUGUUUCCUGAAGUACUGUGGAUAGCAUUUUAAGCCAUAGCCAAGUUAUCUAUCAGGUAGAUUUUCUACAAAUGCUUCCAAGAAACCUGUGCAGAGCGCAAUGAGAGGAACUGCUACAAGGUUCCGUGAGACACAUUCACCUAUGGCUUGAGUAUAAACUCCAGUAUUCCUGUCAGGGGCUGUACCAGUAUGUGAACCAGUACGGCUAGAAACUAGAAUUUGAGAUGCAUAUUAAGGAAACUGAUGGCUCUGUCACCCAGGGAAAAUUGUCUUUUUUUUUUUUUUUUUUUUUUUUUUUAGCUUUUAAAUGCUCACUAAAAGUAGCUAAGUAUUACAACCUUGACAUGCAAAGUAGUUGAUAAACAACUUACCAGGGUAAGAGUGAGUCCUGCCCCACGCUUCGUAGGUACAGUUACAGCCUUUGACUGUUGGCAAGUUCCUGUUGCUGCUUUCUGUACAACCAAUUGCUGUGGUUGUGUCAGAAAGCGAGGGCUUAAUCAGAAAAUGGAAUGGGCGCCGGGCGUGGUGGCGCACGCCUUUAAUCCCAGCACUCGGGAGGCAGAGGUGGGAGGAUUACCAUGAGUUCAAGGCCACCCUGAGACUCCAUAGUGAAUUCCAGGUCAGCCUGGACUAGAGUGAGACCCUACCUCAAAACCAAAAAAAAAAAAAAAGAAAGAAAGAAAGAAAAUGAAAUGGGCUAUGAAAAUCACAUUGCACGCAGGAGGUGGGCGAGCUAAGAGCUGGACCAGAAUAUAGUCAUAUUUAAGCAACAAUUAAGUUAUUUUCAAUAAGUCAGUCAGCCAUACUGACUCCCGCCACCUCAGAGUUAAGAGUCAUUUUGUGGUGCCCUUGGUCCUCCUGCUCUGUCCUGCAGUGAUUCCGAGAGAGGACUUUUCCCUUCCUAGAGGCACUCUGGGUUCAUUCUCUUAAGAUCCCUCCCCCCCACCCCCGCACCAGCUCAUCACUUUGGCUUAGGUACCACUCAGGACGCUUUCUUAAUAUAGACACUUCAUGACAGUCCCCACACACCCAUGGGAUCUGACUGUUGAAGGAUGAACAUGUCCAAAUGGCAAGAGAAUUGUGACCUUUAUGUCUAGGAGCUUAUGCUAAUGUAAGACAAACUCAGGUAAUGCUCCUUAUCUGGCCUACAUUUUCCUCAGAACAGAGGCGAUUGACAGACAGACCCAUGAUUCAGGCUUUUGGGAUUCCACUCUUGGGUGCCCACUCAGAUGGAAUUGUGGGUACAGAGUCGCUUUCCUGUCCAUGUAGGGAGGCUACUAGUCACAUGGUGUUCUUGGAUGCAUGUAGUAUGUAGAGGAGGCAAUCACUAUUAGACUGAGUGUGUCUGACAGGGGUGAGGCUAAUGUUUCAAGAUGGCACUUUGGAAGGUUUUUGAAAACAUUGAAGAUUAGGGCCUCACCUUGCCCUCUGUGAAAUUUAGACCUUGUCCCUUUAGAAGGGAAUGUGUCCUUUGGUGUCAGAGCUAAAGAUGUGUAGGUUGGGGAGAGGUGAUAAUUUUAAAAUUUGUCUCUGAUCCUUUAAGUACUGUACUCAGAGACUUCCAGUGGGAUUGGCUCUGUUUUGGUACUGAAUUGUUGGAUGCACCCAAGGGUAAUUAGAAAACUCCUGACCAGUCCUUUCUCUUCCUUGAACACUCAUCCCACUGGACAGUUGCUUCCUGGGUAUCUGUCAGGUGCCAUUUCACGCAAUUGUCAUCCCCUACUCCACUGAAAUCCUUUGUGCUGCUGAGACCAGGACCCAAAGGAAUUGGCCUGAGUUGGGUGCCACUGUGCCCUUCCUGACCCUUGCAUCUAGCAGGGGCAUCAGCAGUGUGUUGUGGGUGAAUGCUGAAUAAAUGGUGGACGUGGCGAGGGAAUGAAAUUCUGGAGUACGCACUGACUGGGAAUCAUUCUCCAAGUCUUUAGGCUGUGGUAGAAUUGCUGGACUUUGUCGCAGCCAAGUGACUACUUUGUAGGAGACACCGCUGAUUGUGCAUUGUUUCCGUGUUUGUGAGUAGAAUGCUCAGGCUGCUUGUAAUCACGGCCCCGUGAGAAACUUUAACAGCUAUUUCCCAUGUGUAGACUUCGAAUUACUUGCUUGGGCAGAGGUCAUACUGUUCCUCACCAACUCUAUAAUUUAAUGUGUUAAUUGCUUUAUAUGCAAAUAUACUGUCCUUGAGUCCUAUCAGUUUAGAAACUCCCAAAGGGAUAGUAGUGUGGUUGGUUGGAGCACUCAUGUGCUCAUUUAUUUAUCUUUUGCUUCUCUUCAUUCAAUGUUGGAAAACAGUAUUUAGAAUCAAGGGCUUGGGGUGGGGUAAAGGGGGGAGCAGAGAGGGAACCAGUUAAGACUGUGCUGCUGAGUCUCUGCAGAGCUGUUUUGUCAAACACCGAGUGUACCUCCUUUUCGCCUUUCGAGAGGCCACAGCGGCUUUAUUUUUGGUUUUUGGCUUUGAUCGUGCUAGGGUUGAACCUAGGACCUCACAUGUGCCGGCGGCUCUCCUGCCGCUGCUCUGCCCACGUCCCAGCCCGGCGUGGGGUGAGUUUUCUUCUUCGUGUUUUAGUUUUUGAACUGAAGUGAACUUGAGGCUUAUAGAGAUUAAAGUACCUUCUUUAGAACUGGAUUCAGUAGCAGAGUCGGGGUUCAGACAUAACAUUUCUCUGUUUCUGUUAGUCUUUUUCUUUUUUUUUUUUUCCAGUAAGAUCUCACUCUAGUGCAGGUUGACUUAGAAUUCACUAUGUAGUCUCAGGGUGGCCUCCAACUCACAGCGAUCCUCCUGCCUCUGCCUCCGCCUCCCUUGCACUAGGAUUAAAGGUGUACACCGCCACACCUGGUGCUGUUACGCAUUUCUGACCCUAUAUAAUGCAGACAUAAUGUUUUUUGAUUACUAAAAGCAAGAAUCAACUAUAAAACAGAUUAGUACAUUUAAUUUUUUUGAUGUAUUGCUGUUUCUCCUUCCUUCUUUCCCUCCCUCCUUCCUUCCUUCCUUCCUUCUUUUUCUUUUCUGAGGCAGGGUCUCAUGUAGCCUAGGCUGUCCUCAAGCUUACAAAGUAACUUGAAAUUAUUAUAACUUUGAAUUUAUUUUCUUGCCUCCACCUUUUGAGUGCUAGGAUUAUAGGCAUGCACUACCACAUCCAGUUUGCGUUGUGCUGGGAAUUGAACCCAGGACUUCAUGCAUACUAGGCAGGCACCCUACCAACUGAGCUAUAAUCCUCAACCCUACUGUUUUUUAAGAAAAGAGACAUUCUUUUUUUUAUAAAUAGAAAAAAAAAACAUAGCAAAUAUCUGUAGGAGCCAUCAAAACUUAAUAUUUAACUAAAUUUUCCAAAGUAAAUUUCAUUUAUUUAGCUAAGUAUAAUAUUAAAAUCAUUUGUUAUAACAUCCCUCAAAUAUUUGCUUGUGGUUAAUAUUCAUCUUAGAACAUAUCUAAUUUUGAUAUUAAGUCUCAGCAGAAUUUCAGAAGCAAGACUAUGAAAAAUGCUACUUCAGACUUAUUGAAUCUGCAUUUUGGAGAUUUCAGAUUUAUUUUUUGUUUUGUGUUUUCUUUUAGUAGAUUAUCAUUUCCACUAAACUUUUGGUGAGUAGCUUUAAGAUUCCUAAUAAAGACAUAAAAUGAAUAUAUAGAAAACACAUAGCAAACCACCCACCCCAACUGUAACCUUUUGCGGCUGUGGCGGCAUGUUCACUCAAGCACUCAGAGAAGUGAGUUCCCUAGGGCAUGGAUUGGGGGUCCUGUAACCCUGUGUUUUAACCAGCCACACAGAAAAUUCUUCUUCAGUUCCUAAUUUCAGCUAGCAUUCUUUAGUGGAGUUGGAGCCAGAACUGUCUUCUCUCUCUCUCUCUCUCUCUCUGUCUUUCUUUUGGAGCCUGCCUUGUAGAAACCCUAUGUGCUCCAAGGAGAAGCUUUACCAUGUGGAUGGGUCCUGAUCAUCUCUGGGGGUUCUCUCACGUUCCCUGCAGCAGCCAGCGAGCCCAUGCUUAGGGUCGUGGCCCAUUACAAGUCGUGAAUACACAGUGAAUCAUAGGGGAGAUAACUUUUGAUGACCAGCACUGAGUAUCGAAGUCGCAGAUAGCAACCAAAUACUGUAACCCCGGAAUUGCCUAGAAAGCAGGCUUGCUAAUUCUCUUGUGCAGUGUGUAAACUCUACCCACAAGCAUCUCUACCUGCAAGAGGGCAUGGGUGGCUGGUUGCCAGGUGCACUUUAUUCUCUCUGGGUCUUCUCUCGCCCCUGUUCCAUAUGCUGCUUGCUGUGUCUGUCCCUGGGGGUUACAUUGGAAUCAGACCUGUGUUUGUCUAAAGAGGUUUUAUUUAAGCACUUUUAAACAAUAUUUUUACACAGUCUUAAGGAGGGUCAGAUGUGGCUGAAAACCCUCCUUACAGCUGUUUGCUUUCACAACACUAAAAAAAAAAAAAUGCCUUGGUGCUAACGUAUUUAAGGAUGCAUGUUCAUAACUGAAUUCACAGUAUUUUUCUGAUAAGGGGCCGCAUGUGCUUUGCAUUUGGAAAUCUGAACAAUUUCCCAAAAACAAGCACCCGUGACUCAUUUCAAUAGGCAACCCAUGAACUAACUCUCCGCUGCAAAACUGCAGAGAAUACACGGGGAAACCUUUUCUAUGGAAAACGCAGUGCUUUUGAUAUUUAGUUUAGCAAGAAUAACCAGAAACUAAAAAAGAAUUUCAGAGACAGGUUGAAGAAGAAAAAAAUCAAAACUAUUUCGAUACUCUUUUCUUUAUAUCUUGUCCAAAAAGGUUACACAGCCCUGUCGGGCAUUUUCAGCACUGGGGUUUUGAAGAUGUUGUCUUUCUGAUGGCCCACUGUAUAUGUUAAAGUUGAAGAAAAAAAUUGUGUCAAAAACUUAAAUAAUGGUAAGUGAAAGGGUAAAACUUGAUAGUGGGCAUUUUUCUUAAAAUACAUACCUCUGCCCCAAACCCUAAAUGUUAAUUUAGGAGCAUGAAGCCCCAGCCGGCCCCUCACUUUGUAACGUAAGGCAACGUGAAGCUGUGUCAAAGUGGCAUAUGGGAUGUCAGUGGAGUGUGUGUUCCGUACGUGUGUUUUUCUGUGUAGAGGUGUGCUUGUGAUGAAAGGCUGUUUUGAGUUGUUACAUAAUCGAGUUUGAUUUUUGUGAUUUUAAAUUGUAUAUUUAUUUGGACAUCUGUUAAGGUAACUUAAGAGUUGUACGACUUCUUUCUUUGUGUUUAAUGAAAUUGAUUGUCAAUGGACUAAUAAACAUGGGUUUACAACAUCAUGAAUACUUGAUCAUUGAAAAUUAAGGGAAAAAAAGAAAACGGAAAAAAAUAAAGUGUGUUGGAUUAAA